AUGCGAAACAUCAUGUCGAUUAGGACAACUGUAAUGUUGUGCUGGGUUGCGGUAUUCUGGGGAGGUGUCCUGAUCGGAACUAUACAUUCCGUCAGCUUGAACGGUAAUGGCUAUGAAUUUACGGUUGCCAUCUCCGAAGACGCUCUACAACUCGACGCCGAACAACGAGUUCCCUUCCUCGAUGCUCUCAAAAAAACAAUGACGGAUACGUCAAAAAUGCUCUUUGAUGCGACUGAUUCAAAAGUCUAUUUUAAAAAAGUUAACAUUUUACUGCCGCGUGCUUGGACUCUUACUGGCGCACCAACAUCGACGUAUAAUUACUUGAACGCUGAUAUGCGAAUUGAAACCACCAUGACUGCCAAUGACCCCGAGAAAGUGGUCCAAGCAGCGCGCUCCUACAAUUCCAAAAUGUGUGGCCAACCGGGUGAAUAUAUAAUUGCGCCACCCGAGUUUUUCCUCAAUAGCAACGGCGCAACUGUGAAAAAGUAUGGUGAUCCAGCUAAGGUGAUGCUCCACGAAUUCGCCCAUUACCGAUACGGUGUUCAUAAAGAAAAUGGAAUUCCAGGAAUGUUUAUCGAGAACGGUGAUAAAUUUCCCUACACAUUUAAAAAUCCUCGUGGCGAAUGGCAACUUACUGGAUCCAAUAAUAGCAAAAUUGAGGGAUCGUACGCAUAUCCGGAAGACCACACGCGUUACUGCGAGUAUCCCAAUACUCCCGACAUGACAGGUGAUCUGACCGAUCUCAAUUGCAGAUUCAUUCCUAAUAUGACAGCUACAACCGGACCGACGACGUCUUUGAUGUUCAUGCCAUUUUUACCUACAGUGACUAAAUUUUCCGAUGAAACUAAUCAUGACCGAGCAGCUCCCAACAUGCAAAACUACUGGUGCCGCAAUCGUAGCACCAAAACAAUAAUUUCGAACCAUCCAGAUUUAACUGACCUUGACCCUUUGGAUGCCUCCACCAACACGGUACCGGAGUUUACUUAUCUGCUCCCAGCAUAUCAGACUGUUUAUAUCGUCAUGGAUACCUCAAGUCACACCUUAACCGAUGAUACGGUUUUCAAUGAUGUCAGGACGGAAAUCGCAGAUAAAUUAAUUCCGCAAUUGGCUGCAACCAGCCCCAGGUCUUUUGUAGGCAUCGCAACCAUGGGUGGAACUAGUGUUAGUAGUUCAAAUGGUCGUCUAGGAGGAUAUUUGACCGAAAUACAAGCUCCCAUUCAAGUCGAUAACAAUGAGAUUUUAUUAGCCAAUAAGGUGAACGGAUUGACUCGAUCAUCUGGGUCAGGUUUGUUAAUAGAGAAGGCUAUGCUGGACGUUGGAGAAGUUUUGACAAACUUCACACAUUUGUCCGGGUCAAUCGCGCUCGUGUUCAAAUUGAAUGAAAUCACGAACAUGGAUGAAAUGAAGGUUGAAUCUGAGGCUGUCCAUUUACUCAAUCUCGAAACGCUCGUUUGA